AUGCAGCCUCAGUUUCCUCCAGCGCAGGAGCCGAGCUCCGCCUCCCACCUGGACCUGCCGGAGAUGGAGAAGCUCCUCACCAAGGUAAAGGACAAGGAUGACAAGACCCUGAAUCUGUCCAAGUCCCUCUCAGGGGCCCUGGAUCUGGAGCAGAAUGGCCACAGCCUGCCCUUCAAGGUGAUCUCCGAGGGGCGCCGGGAGUCCCCACUCGCCCGGUCCCCCUCCAGGGCCAGCUCGAGGCGGGCGUCCUCCACUGCCACCACCUCGUUCGCCCAGGACCAAGAAGUUCCCAAAGAUUACCUCAUCCUCGCCAUCGCCACUUGCUUCUGCCCCGUCUGGCCCCUCAACCUCAUCCCCCUCAUCUUCUCUAUCAUGUCUCGAAGCAGCGUGCAACAGGGGGACCUGGAUGGGGCCCGGAGGCUGGGCCGCCUGGCCCGGCUGCUCAGCAUCACCUUCAUCGUCAUGGGGACGGUCAUCAUCAUCGUGGCUGUGACUGUCAACUUCACAGGCUCCUUCGUCCUGCUGCUGCUUGUCAUUUUAGCCAGGACUCUUCCGAUGGCAAAGGACAACUACUGA